AUGGCGCAGAAUAGGCAUUGGGAACAGGACAAGGACGCCACGGUCUACAUCGGAAACAUCGAUGAGCGCGCCGACCCCGCCAUGGUGUACGAGAUCAUGCUCCAGAUGGGGCCCAUACACAACAUCCACAUGCCGCGCGACCGCGUCACCCAAAACCACCAGGGCUUCGGCUUCGUCGAGUUCCGGACGCCGCUCGACGCCGAAUACGCCGCCAACGUGAUGAACGGGGUCAAGCUCUACGGCAAAUCCCUGCGCGUCAACAAGGCGUCGGCGGACAAGCAGAAGCAGGCCGAGGUCGGCGCCGAGCUGUACAUUGGCAACCUCGACCCCACCGUGGACGAGAAGCUCCUCUACGACACCUUUUCGCGUUUCGGCCCCUUGCUGUCGAUUCCCAAGGUCGCGCGCGACGACGUGGCGCACAGCAAGGGCUUCGGCUUCGUGUCCUACGCCGAUUUCGAGAGCUCCGACGCCGCCAUCGCCAACCUCAACGGCCAGUACAUCCUGAGCAAAGAAGUGUCGGUCCAGUACGCCUUCAAAAGGACGGCCGAGGCGAGAGGCACGGAGACGAGGCGGAGAGAGAGCUCGCCAAGCAGGCCAAGAAGCGCAACCUCGUCCCCGAAGCCGCCACCAUCCCCGCCGCUUUCCUCAACAACCCGCCCCCGCCCCCGCCGCUCCUGCCUCCUCCGUCCCGCCCCAGGGUGUCCCGCGCGCGCCCGUCGGCGGGCCCCCGGCGGCUUCGAUCCCUCCCACGCCAUGGCCGGGAUGCCCACCGGCAUGCACCCGCAACGCAUGGCUGCCAAUUUCAGCGUCCCCUCCCGCGGUCCUCCCCCGGGUUCUCCAACCCCCUCGGCCACCCCCAGGGGCGGUUUCACCAACCCCGCCGACUUCCAUCCAGGCUCAUACCGUACACCGCCCGGAGGCGCGGCGGCGGCCCCACCACCAGCUUUCUCGCCGCCGCCCGGGUUCGGACCGCCACCCGGCGCUGCUCCAGGCGGGGCACCGGGUGCACCGCCCGGUUUCAUGCCUCCCCCACCCGGGUUUCAGCCGCCGCCCGGGUUUCAGAGGAGGUAA